AUGACUUCCAAAUUUGUUCUCUUGGUUCUCCUUGGUGUUCUUAUUUGCACCACCACUGCAAGAAAGCUUGUUGGCUCAGAAGGUUCUUUAGAUGGAGAUAAAAAUUUCUCCCUUGGUCAUUGGGAUCUAGGAGGGCUUGGUGGAGGUGGUGGUGGAGGCUUUGGUGGAGGUGGAGGAACAGAAGGUGGUUUUGGUUCUGGAGGAGGAAUGGGUGGUGGGAUUGGAGGUGGUGCUCAAGGAGGAGGUGGAGGGUUUGGUGGAGGGGGAGGUGGUGGUGGAGGAAUAGGUGGUAGUGGUUCUGGUUCUGGUUAUGGAGCAGGAUUUGGUGGUGGGAUGGGAAGUGGUUCUCAUGGAGGAGGUGGAGGGUUUGGAGGAGGUGGAGGUGGAGGUGGAGGAACAGGGGGUGGUUCUGGUUCUGGAGGAGGGUUUGGUGGUGGGUUUGGAAAUGGUGCCCAAGGUGGAGGAGGAGGUUUUGGUGGCGGAGGCGGUGGUGGAGGCGGAUUGGGUGGAGGAUCCGGUAGUGGAUUUGGUGCAGGAGCUGGUGGCGGAAUAGGAGGUGGUGGAAUCCCAUGA